AUGUAUAUGGAUCGACUACAUUAUAAUAAUCUAAACAAUAAAACUGUCAAAGAUUUAAGCUGCUUAAGUAAAGCAAGACGCAAGAAUAAAAUUAAUGAGGAGGAUACAAUUUACACUAAGGAAUGCAAUUAUAAAUUAUUUUUUUUUAUAGUACAACUACAACAAAAAUUGAGAGAUGUAGAAAAGGAGAACGAAAAGUUAAAGCAUUUAUUGAAAAAGUAUAACAGAGAUGCUAUAUAUCAUGACAACGAAAUGACAAAAAGAGUUUUGUUAAUUACAAGCUGUUUAAUAUUUAUUAUUAUUUUUUUUUUAUUCUGA